UUGCUUUGCUAAACAUGAUAGAAAAACCAGAUCUCCGAUAUAUUAUAUCCAGUUGUACAUGUACUGUACAGUAGUGUUGUACACAUAGCAUGUAUUCUGUUUAUGUAAUUUUAUGAUUAAGAAAUAUCCACUGAUAAAAAUGUGAUAUUAAGUUUGAAUAUGAACUGCUUGUGAAAUUUAAUUUAUUGAGACAUGAUUAUAGAUAAACUGAAGUCCAAGUUAUUAAAUCACUGAUGCAUCCAUUGGGGUAUAUUUAAAUGCUGUAUCUUUAACUAGAAUGUUACGAGUCUUGUUCAACAGAGCGAGUGCUUGCAUGAUCAAAAAAAAUUUUUAAAAAGGCAUACUCUGCUGAACUCUUACCAGCCUAAGACAUAAUCAUGCAAAUCUUACAUUAGAGACAGGUAGGCGAAAAUAUUGAAAAUGGUGCAAAACAUUUGUUUGCUUUUUCUGCAUCAAAAAGUGGAUAUAUUGAUAGAUUUAUAAGAGAAAAUGGCGUUGAAGACUUUUCAAUUGCCUUUUGUACAUCACAGUAAGGGGAUAGUCAGGUGGAAGAGAAUGGUGCAAAACAUGUUAUUAAAUAACUUACCUCUGUUGCAAGUUUGAGUACAUUCAUGUAGAGGUCAUACUCCAUGUAAAACAUUGUGUAAUUAUUGUACUAAAUUGGGGGUAAACUCUCAUGUUUGUCAAAUACAAAUUUUAAUGUGAUGAAAUAUAAUAUAUGACAUGUUGAAUGAUUGUACAAGUGACAUACUUACCAAUGAUUAAAGUUUGUUUCCCAUGUUCCCAUUUGGUUGAAGAUUAAGGAAAGCAAUUUAGCUUCUGUACUUUUUUCCAUUGUGAUUCCAUUGAUAAGGCCUGAAACUUUAUUGACUUCUAAACAUGUAUUCAAAUGGGCGUGGACAAACACCUCUUUAAUUAUCUAUUAGUAUAGAACGUUUUCACACCAUGAAUCAGUUUGGAAUAUUACACCUUGUCACACAUUUGAACAAAAGAUCUCAAAUGUUUUAUUUCCAUUUUUUUUUUACAUGUUAAAAGCUAGAAAAAAAAAUAUGCAUAAUCAAAUGCACUUGAUAGUUUAUCUGAAUCGGUGCAUGUCAAGUCAAAAUGUUUGAGGUAGAUGUUCAAUCUUGCAUCCUUUUUCAGUCUAGAGCCUUUUACAAAAAUGCUGACAUAGAUAUUCCAGCUAUCAGACUUGAAAAUCUUGACAAAAAUGUGAACAAAUAAAAAUGCUCUGCAUAACUCUACAUAAUAUUGGAACUAAUUGUGUGCUAGCAGAUUUGGGCUAUGCAUGUAUAUUGACAGUAAACAUGGUAAAGUCACCAUUGUCUGGCAGUUUGUUACUGAGUCAAGAUGGUUUUGGAAAUGGCAUCAUUAAUACAGGACAUUUUCAGACAUGACCCUGUCCAAGAUCUGUUGUAUAGGGGCGGGGUACGUGGGGGGGCCGACCUGUACCAUCAUCGCGGACAAGUGUCAGGACGUCACGGUCACCGUCACUGACCUCAGCCAGGACCGCAUCAACCAAUGGAACUCCGACAACCUCCCCAUUUACGAGCCUGGGCUUGAUGAAAUUGUACGCAGGAGAAGGAACAAGAACCUCUUCUUUUCUACUGAUGUCAAAAAGGCCAUUAUUGAAGCUGAACUGAUCUUUAUAUGUGUUAACACCCCAACAAAGAACUACGGGCUGGGUAAAGGGAGAGCUGCUGAUCUGAAGUAUGUGGAGUCAGCUGCCAGAAUGAUCGCUGAAGUGGCUAACCAGUCCAAGAUUGUGGUGGAGAAAAGCACAGUGCCAGUCAAGGCAGCCGAGAGUAUAUCUAACAUACUGAAGGCCAAUCAUAGGACAGGCGUCCAAUAUCAGGUGCUAUCUAACCCAGAAUUCCUGGCAGAAGGAACAGCGGUCAGUGACCUGCUACAUCCGGACCGCGUUCUGAUUGGUGGAGACCAGACCAGUGAGGGGCGGGAGGCGGUGGAGUCUCUGUGCUGGAUCUAUCAACACUGGGUCCCCAAGGAAAAAAUCAUCACCAUGAACACCUGGUCCUCAGAGCUCUCCAAACUGGCAGCCAAUGCUUUCCUGGCCCAGCGGAUUUCCAGUAUCAACGCUAUGUCAGCCAUUUGUGAGAUGACAGGAGCGGACGUGACAGAGGUGGCCCAUGCCGUGGGGACGGACACACGAAUCGGGAACAAGUUUCUGAAGGCCAGUGUGGGAUUUGGUGGAUUUUCAGGCUUUGGUGGAAGCUGUUUCCAGAAGGACGUACUCAAUAUGGUGUACCUGUGCGAGUGUCUGAAUCUACCUGAGGUGGCUGAUUACUGGCAACAGGUGAUUAACAUCAAUGAGUAUCAGAAGAGGCGCUUCGCCAACAGAAUCAUCGAGUGUCUGUUCAACACAGUCACCAACAAGAAAAUCGCCAUCUUUGGAUUUUCCUUCAAAAAAGACACAGGCGACACAAGGGAAUCUGCAGCAAUCUAUGUUUGCAAGUAUCUCAUGGAUGAAGGUGCGAAUAUCAGAAUAUAUGACCCAAAAGUUACAGACAAGAAAGUUUUCAGUGAAUUAACAAAUCCAUUGCUGUGUGAAGACCCAGGCAGAGUGAAGGAGCUGGCGACAACAUACAGGGAUCCUUACGAAGCCGCAGACGGAACACACGCCUUGGUCAUCUGUACAGAGUGGGAUCAAUUCACUACACUAGACUACAGUAGAAUUUAUGAGAAAAUGCUGAAGCCAGCUUUUAUUUUUGACGGGCGCCUAAUUCUAGACCAUGAAGGUCUGAUGAAGAUUGGAUUUCAAGUGGUGACCAUUGGAAAGAAGUUACAUCGGUCCAAUGUGCAUCGCCCUUUCUCCACCGCCUCACAGAGUUAAACCCAUCCCUCACCCCUAGACACUCACACUGAACAGGACCCAGCUGUGAUAAAGAGACUGCAAUUUAAUCCAAGUGUUCUUCAUUCUGGCCACUUUGGAACAUAUAUAUUUUUGUGUCUAGUUACUAUUGUCUAGUGUCUAUUACUAGUACCAGACUUCCACCCCUUUACCUUCUAAAGGUUGAUUCCUCUGUUAAUAUUUUUACCUUAGACUCUCAUUGUUUAAUGAUUUGUUCCUAAUUUUUCCCAGCAAUAUCAGAUAUUCUGGGAUUUAUUUUUGUUUGUAAUCGAGCUUUUUGUAAAAGACGCAUACAAUGAAGUAGUGUUAUUUUUACAGUAUUUUUUUUAAGCAAUCAACUUUUGUGCAGGUUUUGCAAUAUUCAUGAAUGUUAUUUAGGUUGUUGUAAUGUUUUUGGAAAAUUAUGAAAGUGCCAUUAUAUCCCCUCCUGGAAAUCCAUACAUCAUCUUGAUGAAAGAAUCAUCUACAUGUACAUCUCAAAACUCAAAAUUGUUUAACCAUGAGUUUGAACGGCAACUGAAGAAGCUUCUACAGUUCAUUCCUUACAUGUAUCAAGUCACACACAGCUUGUUGUUGUCAUUGUAUAUCUACUGGCAAACAAUACACAUGCUUUAAAUGUACGUACAAUGUCAUUUUAGCUGCAACAGGCUUUGAAAUUUUUUUUUCCUAGUUGGGGGAUCAAGCUUUUUUCUUCCGACAUAAAAUCAAAGGCAAUAAGUGUACCGAAAGGUUUUGAUUAUCAUUGUGUAAUCGAGACCAGCAGAUUGUUGGAUCCUGUUACAUGUCUGUUCAUUACUUGUCUUAGCCUGGAAUAGUUUAUUAAACCAACUUGAAGUUUAUUUUCCAUAGAGAAUGCAUUGCUGCAAUCUAAGUUAUAUUUUUUUUCUUCAUAUGAGAAUUGGAUUUAUAAGAAAACCCAGUGAUUAUUGAGCUCUGCAUGUGUUUAUAGACUUACAUGUGUUGUCUGAAUGAAUUGUGACCAUAAUUUACAGUAAACAUAGAAGUGGGUGCUUCACUUAGUGGUCAUUAUACAGUCAUGUGUUUUUGUGUCUUUUGCACUGACUUGCCCUUGUAUUCAAGUGCCUGUACAUGCUAUAAAUUAUAUGAUUCAGACAGGGGCAUAUAGAAUCUCUGCUCAAAAUACCUGAAUAUAAGAUCAUUCAAAUUGGUUAGCAAUGCUUGAUGGGAGAAAUUUUGAGAUCACUAAUUAAUGUUUAUUUAAAGUGUUAAUUAAUUGUGUUCAAUGAUAAGUGUUUUUUAUACUGGUGUGUAUGUAUGAGUUUCAUUUAUGAAUAUUUUUCCUGUUAUGAUUGAUUUUGUUUGAUAGAUAUUCAUGGUACUAAGUUGUUUUUGUUGUAGAUUUUGAUAGAUCUAGGCCUGUUAUUUUAGUUUAUUCAUACAGAUGUUGAGGGACCCUUGCUACGCAUGGUUUAUUGUAUUCUCAGCUUAAGGUGCAUAAUAUAUGAAUGUCAAUGGUUAGUAGCUUUUACCAUUAUACACGCGUUAUUUUUACAUAAUAUUUUCCUUAAUACCCAGUACAGGUACCAGUAUGUAUGUCUUUUCAUACAGGUAUGGUUAUACAUUGGAAUUGUACACUGUAGUUUAGGGACCAAAUAUACCUUAAAAUAACAAAUCUCAUAUUACUUGUAAAAGAUAUUUCUUGAUUUGCAAGCAAGUAGGAUUUUUAAACAUUCUUUUAAAUUAUUACGUUCACGAUAUGUAAACUUUUUUCAAUGACACAUUUUUUUUUCUACCAUAAACUGUCUCUAAUAUACAUGUACAAAAAUUAGUAGCUGCAUAUUAAUGAAUAUGUUUUUAUUAUACAUAUGAAUUUCAUUUAAAGAAAACUUGGCAAUUUCAUAAUUAAGCAUUGAUUCAGCAGGUCCUCAUUACAAAUGUAAGUGAUAUUUUUUGGACAUUCUUUAAAUAUGUGCGCUUUGCUUGCCUUAGAACAAACUCUGAAUUAUUAAACAUGCUUUUAUUGUUUUGAUUUAAAAACAAAUUGUUUGCAUUUUGUAAUGAUUUGUAUUCAUUUUAUUUUUGUAAACAACCUUAAACUGUUGUCUUUGUACUGAGAAAAAAAAAGGUUGUAUUGAAAACAAGGGAGUUAAUGUAAUUCAAUAGAAUGCAGGUUACACUUGGUUAUUUGCUUAUUACUUUAGAAUAAUUUUAUUAGAAUUAAAGAGUAUUAAUUUUGUAUUAAGUUAUCCACUACACAAUUUUCUUGGACAUGUAUUUGUACCGUACCUUAUGUUUAGAUUUUUUUUUUGUUCUUUUUUUGGGAGAGGGGGAAGGGGGUUGUAUCAGCCUUUCCCGUAUUUUACAUAUAUAAUUGGGCACCAGACAUCAGUAUUCAUAUGUCCCCAGGUUUACAUCAGAUUUUUACAUGGUGGUCCUGUUAAACUACUUCUCGAUGUAUGCAUUUGGAAACUGAUCUAGGUACAAAUUUCCACAAGAAUACCAAUGUUAUACUACAGUUGAACUUCAGUAUCUCGAACACCGAUAUUUCGAAUACAAUGGAUAUGUCGAACUGAUUUGUAAGUCCCAACCACAUAAACUUUAAGAAAUUUACCCUCGAUAUCUCGAAUACUUGGAUAUCUCGAAGUUUUUAACCUCUCCAAUCUAGUUCGAGACAAGGAAGUUUGACUGUAUAUGUUCUGAUUUCUCAAACAGCUUUGAUCAAUUUAAAAUCUUUUUUGUGAUAGUUAUACAGAGUUUUAAAAUGAUCAGGUUUAAUGACAGGUUUACCACGUUAGCUUUUGUACAAACCAUUUGAUCUAAAAUGUGAUACUCUUAUUUAGAUGCGUAUUUUCUACUAAUAAAAUUUAUCAGCAAUUAGA